UGUUCGUCUCGUGCACCACCGAUUCCGACCGUAUGGAACAUUGACGGUCUGCGCAUCAUCUAAUAAUAAACAAAUGUUAGUAAAAGACUAAAUAAAUUUUUGUAUACUAUAAAAUAAACAUACUGCAUUAUUCGUUCUUAAAUUUUUGCUACACAUUACUUAAAAUGCCACGUUCAUAUUUGAAAAUGGACGAGGCGAGAGAUGCUGCGGAGAUGAAACAUUUGCUUGCCUCAAGAAUUAGGCGGCGAAAGGAGGAAAUUCAAAACUACUUAUUGGAAAGGCGAGCUGAAGUUAACAAACGUAUCAGAUAUCGAAGGCAUAUCUUCCAGAAUUAUCUAAAGACAACGGUGCCUUCACCAAAUCAAAAAGAUCUGCAAGAUCAUGUACCAAUCCCUGCAGACCCGGACUGGUGGGAGAGAGUUGUGAUGGCGGAGUUCGGACCAGAUGACUGGCUUGACAAGUUUCAUAUCACAAGAGACAUCUUCUUUCUUCUGAUCACCAAACUCAAGCCCCAGCUCGAGCAAGUGUACAUACAAGAAAGCGGGCAAACCAUUACACUGGAGAGAUGCGUUGCCAUGACCUUAAUGCGUUUGUCCACCAGCACAGAAUACUGCUUUAUAAGUGAACUUUUCGCUGUCUCCAUUUCCACUGUUUGCCAAUGUGUGAGGGAAGUGUGUGAAGCCAUCAUUUUAUUACUGAAACCCCUAUACAUGCAGUUGCCUGCUGACCGUGAACUGGAAGAGAACGCCAAACAGUUUCAUGACCUGUGGGGUUUUCCUCACUGCAUCGGUGUCAUAGACUCCCUGUACAUCCCCAUUCAAAUGCCCUCUACAGAAAACGAGGAUUGCUGGAACCCGAGAGGAAGUCACUCCGUGGUUCUUCAGGGUGUAGUGAAUGCACACGGUACUUUCUGUGAUGUCUGUUCUGGUUUCACCGGUAGCACUGAUGACAUGAUCAUCUUGCAGAGCUCAGAGCUGUGGACCAUGGCAGAACAGGGUGGGCUCUGCCCUCAGCCACCCAAAGAACUUAUGGGCCAGCCGUUGGGGUUUCUGCUGCUGGGGGAUGCAGGUUACUCACUGCAGACUUGGCUAUUGAAAUGCUAUCCGCCGUCUCCAAACCUUACAUCACAACAAGAAACAUUCAAUGCACAUCUAACACACUGCUUUAAAGUCAUUAAUCACGCUUUCCAGCACCUUAAAGCUCGGUGGCAGUGUCUACACAACAGAAAUGACAGCAACUUAGACUUGGUCUCCAAGAUGGCUGUAGCUUGUUGUAUCUUGCACAAUAUCUGUAACGUGCACAAUGUUCCUUUUAAAGAAGAGUGGAUUGAAGCAUUGAGUCAGAAUGAAUGUCCACAGCCCACAGAUGUGUCUACAGUCUACAUAGAUGACCCAAACGCUGAGGCAGUGCGUUCUUUGCUCUGUAAUUAUUUUGAGCUGCAACAACAGAGCAGUACAGCUGAUCUAUCUACAACUACCAGCCUUGUUCUACCUACUGCAGCAGAGCCUCCUCUAGUGGACAGUAAUGGAACAGCAUAGCUUGUGCUUGGACAGUUGGUCUGCCUAAGCUUGCAUACACCUAUCUGUUAUUAACUUUAUAAGUUGUAUAAGGUGUUUAAUGCAUUAAAAAACAGUGAUGUAUCUAAAUUCUGCUUAUUGAUAAAGCAGUAUU